AACAAGACGAGGGCGUGCAAGCGGUGCGGUGAGCUUCUGACCUUUGGGGAUAGCCAGACUAGUACUGGUCAGAGGCACAUGGUUCGACACCAUGCCCCCCACUGGUUCAUAUGGCAGCGGCGCAUUCGUGAGGGACUGUCUCCAGGCAAGACGUUCCCACAGGGGGGGCACAAGCACGUCCCUGACAAGUACAAGCCCGGGCCCUGGGUCAACACGUGGCCACAUCCUCCAGAGGGGGUGCUGUUCCAGCAGAGGCGGCAGUUGGGGCGGGUCAGGAGACUCUUGACCGAUUCAUGAGCACCCGCUUGUCGGAGGCGCGUCUGCGCCAGUCCAUCGCGCAGUAUGUCGUCGACGCUGACGUCUCCUUUCGCACCGUUGAGAACCCAUCGCUGCUCACGAUAUGCAACUCGCUCUGCGGCAAGGAGAUCACAAUCCCUGACCGCAUUACUGUGUCUCGUGACGUCCGGUAUUUUGCUGGCCGUGCGCGCGAGUAGACGAGUGCUGAGUUUGGCGUGGUUUCGGGUAGUGGUUGCGUCUCAUUCACAACUGACAUCUGGUUAG